CACAAAUGUUCUUUCUUACAUGACAACGCACGUCACUCUCUUAUGUUGAAUGUUCAAUGUUCAACGUGCAAUGUUUGAUGUUUACCUAUCUUAUGUGCUUCAACAUUAGAAGAUAAAUAAAUAUAUCUCUUUCCCCAUUUCAUCUUCAAUCGUCUAUUUCUAUAUCAUCAAGCAUAUCAAUAUAUUUUAUCAAUAAGCUGAGCCUGACGACGGGUUUUUCGGACUGAUGACCACCUCGGAUCUCUGCAUAUACAGGGUAUUGCCUCACACAGGAGACAAGCCAAAUGGACGGCUCAGGCCAGGCUCUAGACAACGACCCGCUAGACCAUAAUGUCGCGGGAAAGCUUCCCGAAGUAAUUAAUAUUGAUAUUGUUCAAAAUGGAGAUCUGAUCCUAGAUGUCACUUUUGAGAACUCCCGGGACACCAUCCGAUCUGCCCAAGCUGCCCAGUCUAAACUAGGCAGCCAGGGAACGCAGCCUGUACCAAAGAAGAAAACCCGCGUGGCCUUCCGUGUCAGCAUCAAGGCGCUCAAGGGUCAGUCUAAAUACUUUGAAAAGCUUCUCACAGAUAUUCGCUUCUUAGAGGCCAAUGAUAUAUCCAGUGCCUUUGCUGCACUCUCCUUGAAGAAUAUCAAGCCUGAUGCUGCUGAAGCCAAGGACCUUCCUUGGAUCAAGAUUCGAGAUGAUGACCAAGCCACCCGCUACGCUUAUAGAGAUGGUGCAUUUGCAGACCUUUUGCGUGUUCUCCAUGGCAAAGAAGUCGUUACGAAGCAGGUCACGAUGAUAUUUGUCACCACUCUAGCCGUGUUAGCUGAUCGUUUUGAUUGUGCGGCUGCAGUCUCCAAGUAUCUCGCCAGUGGCCUAAAGUUCAAGUGGCCCGUAACAAGCCGUAAGCCUGUUAGAGAUGAAGUCUCCGUGAUGAGCCGAGUAAACGAAGAUAUUCUACGUCAGAAAAUCCUUGUGUCGUGGCUGUUGAAUCAGCCAACUAGGUUCCAAUCUGCCACAAAGGAGAUCAUCAUGAACGGGUCCUGUCGAUGGAGCCCCUUCGCUGAAGAGGAUGAUGGUUCACAUGCCACGUGGUGGUAUUUGCAAGAUGGACUUGAGCAUGAGUUACAAUAUCGGCGCCAGUGCAUUCUAGAGACAAUCGCCUCUGUCCCGCAGCACUUCAUACAGCUCUACACGUCGCGCACGCGGCAGUGUAAGCUCGGGUACGACUCGAGCUCCGCCUGCGACUCGUACCAGCUAGGGGAAAUGUUCAAGUUUCUAACGAACAAGCAUCUCCUCUUCCCCGUCGACUUCACCUCGGGAUCCCUCGACUCCGUCGCGGACACCUCGCUACUACAGAUCGACGGGAUCCUCUCCACGCUGCGGCAAUGCCCCAGCUACCAAAUCGACAAGCACCACACCAACUGUGGGCUCCGCACCCGUGUUGUGCCCAUUCUCGACUUCAUCCAAGGCCUGCUAUCCGCCAACUCCAUCCCCAUCACCCGACAGACGUGGAAGGUCGAUCGUCACGCCACCACUUGGAUGCCGCCCGGUGACGAGAAUGGAGACCCGCCGGCCAAGCCGUUCCGGUACACGCGGUCCCUUGCGGGUGACCAGCGGCUCCGGUUCGAGCACGCGAUGGGUGCGGAGCAGUUUGCUAGGAACGUGUUCACGGCGACGAGUUGGGAUUGGACGGCGGAGGACCAGGGACACGAUAGUCUUCCGUCGACUACGCCGAAAUGGAGUUUUUGAAAAAAAAAAAGAUUCAUAAACGCCCUUAGCUUAAGUAGAUAGUUGCAUUGAUAUGUCAUGUACUUACCUAAUUAGGUAAUCUAUGAGAAGGUGGCUAGUAGAGUAGCAGACUAGAUACUGCUGGGCCUAGAAAGAAGCGCAUUAUAGCGAGAUGUAUGCUUUGCUCAGGAUACCUACCUAGCACGUGGUUUUAUACAUCGUUGCCCACUCAUACACACACGCAUACAUGGUAGAGCAAGUGAUUUCAAACAGUCAAAGCAAUUGCAAAUACUCACUGCUCAC